AUGGACACACAGAACAGUCCAGCAGGAGCAUUUGUCGCGAUGCUCAUUCAACUGCCAGAGGGUUUUAACUGCCAUGACCUUGAGACGGGAGGAGACAGUCUGAUCAAAAUUGUAGAGAGCUUUGCUACUGUCCAAGUUCCUGAUCCUGCAUUGCUGGCAUCUGAGGGGAGGCUUUUUCUUACCCCAGGCAAGGAAGGGAAACAUAUUGUCUGCACACAUGGGUAA